GGUCUUCAACAUCAAUUCGGAGUUUGGCCGACCGACCUGUCGACCCUUAAACGUUUCUAGAAAUCAACGAAAUAGGAAUUUAGAGUACAAACUUUAAUAUCGAAUCUUCUCUCGUUUCUUUCUUUUUUUUAACAUCUUCGCAAGAAAUAAAGUGACAUAUUAGUAAAUAACAGUUAUUGCAACAGUUCGAGGCGAAUGGACGCAGCGUACGGAAUAUAAAAUAAAAUACGAAUUGAUAUCAAAACCAUCACCGAACUGACACGUGUCGAGAGACUCGAACGUGAAUCGAGUCGAAUCGAGCCGAAUCGAACCGCCAUUUCUAGCGAAUUAUAUAUGUGUCUGGAGUGAUUUGACAUAUUACACUCAUCCAAUACAGAAAAGGGACCGAGAAUAAAACCGAGAUAUGAAUAACACGAUAUUCCUUCGAUACAAGAGAGAACAUCACUUAAAGUUCGAUCAGCGAAUAAUUAGCAACGUAGUGACUUUACUGAAGUGUGUUGCUCGAACGGCAUUUGUGAUAUUGAACAAUGUUUAUUGUAUACCUACAUACGUAGUAUGGAUGAUGUUAUUGUUUCCCGUAAAAGUAUAUCAACCUCAAGUGUAUUGGCGAAUCGAGGGCCUAUUUUUCCACUGGUUGUUGGCGAUGGUAUCCAUGUGGACUUGGUCUGCAGGUUACGACAUAAUAGAACAAGGCGAUGACAUACAGCAGAUUAUAAGUGAAAAAACAUUAGUUAUAGCAAAUCACCAGAGUACUGGUGAUGUUCCUAUAUUAAUGACAACAUUUAAUGCCAAACCAAAUGUUUUACCCAAUUUAAUGUGGAUAAUGGAUAGAGUGUUCAAAUUUACUAAUUUUGGAAUAGUUUCAAUACUACAUCAAGAUUUCUUUAUCGUAUCAGGCCGUAAACGAAGGGAAGAAAGUUUAAAAAAAUUAGAGAAACAUCUUCAAGAUUCCUACAUACCGCGGGAUAGAAAAUGGAUGGUACUCUUUCCGGAAGGAGGCUUUCUGUGCAAGAGACGAGAAACUUCGCAAAAAUACGCCAAGAAAAAUAAUUUACCUAUUCUUGAGAAUGUAACUUUGCCAAGGGUAGGUGCUAUGCAGACGAUAUUCGAUACUCUUGGACCAGCAUCGAGUAGAGAUGUGCAGGAUCAACAAUUAAACAGUCGACCAAAUAUGAUAGUAGCUAAGCCAGAAAUUAGUUGGAUUCUUGAUAUAACGAUAGCGUAUCCUCAAGGUAAGCCGCUUGACUUACCUACUAUUAUAACUGGUUCGAGAUCUCCGUGCGAGACGGUAUUAUUCUAUCGACUUUUUCCUAGCUCAGUGGUUCCACGCGAACCAGAACAAUUAUCCAAAUGGUUGUAUGACAGAUGGGUAGAAAAAGAAGCGCUCUUGGAGCAUUUUUAUAAACAUGGAACGUUUCUUGGUACAAAAGGAUCAGAUAGAGGUGGUUCCAAAGUACAUCAGGAUCCACUGAGAUUCCUAGUCCUUCAUUUAUUCUUCAUAACGUCUAGUUAUAUACAUUAUAGUAUGCUUGCGUACGUGCUAUCUUGCUUUUGGUGAGAUAUUUUAUACAUCGUGUACGAUGAUCAAUAUUUAUAGAAAGAAAUCACACACAGAGUAACGAAGUAAGAUAUCCUUGCCUUAAACAAACACUAAUAUCUACGAGAACAAUUCUAAUGAAUAUGUGCGAAUUAUAUCAAACUUAGCAAGCAAAACUAUCAUAAAAAUCGUUGAUUGUGUUAAUUAUUAGAUAUAUUCUUAUUUAAUAUAAUAAUUUAUAUUAAAUAAUACAAUAGAAAGCUAUUAAGUAUUUGCAAUCUAUAUGUUCUAUAGAUUAAAUGUUAGCACAUGUUUUAAAUUUGGUAUCUAAAUAUUGAUACACUUUGCAUUUAGUAGAAAAUAAAUAUUAAUCAAUAAAUAACUCAUCUCAAUAAUUUUUGUGAUUACAUAUCUUUACACACAAAAUUAUUUUAUUACUACAUAAAAUUAUAUAAGCCUAAUUUAAAAAAAUUUUAAGUUGCAAAAUUGCUUUUAUAAAUUACUAUACAAUUGCGUUUUCAAAGUUAAUUAUGCAACACUCUUAGAAUAAAAUCAUUGAUGACGCACGCGCCGCGCAUGCGUGAUUGUAAAUUUAUAAUUUUUAUUUGAAAUAUAUAUAUGUAUAUAAUUUAAGUAAAGGCUAUAAAUCUAUAAAUCAGCAUCUAUGAUUCCAAUUUUAUAUAUAUAGGAUGAGAUACAAAAAUAUUGUAAAUUUAGAUAAUACGUACAUACAUACAUGUAUGUGUGUGUGUAUAUGAAAAUAUGAGAACGCUUGCUCUAUAAUAUCAAAUAGUAUGUAAUCUCUUUUAUAGAAUAUAUUCUAAUACUUCUUGCUUCAAAUUCUUGCAAAGAUAUAAGCAUAAUACUUGAAUUGUUUAUCGAUAUCAGAGGCAACUUCACGAUUAAUUCGCACAUUUUAUCUGCAUAAUAAAUAUAUCCGAUUUUAUAGACAGUCAAGAGUUUAGGUAUGUGAUGAUGUACAUUAAUUUUUACUAUUUUCACUUACGAUGUAUGCAUAUAUUCGCGCAUUUAUUCGCACAUAUAUCUGGAAUCUGGCAGCAUAAUAAAAAAUUACAAUACAUAGCAUUGCAUGUAUGUUUUAUAAUGUAAUCUGAUUACAGAUUAAUAUAAGCGUUCGAUAUGAAAUAAAA